AUGACAGCGCAACAUCAAUCUGAAUUUCAACACAGAUCUGUCGUAUCUUCUUUUCUUUUCUCUGUGACCGGUAGACCACGCGUUGCUCUUUUCCGCCGCAGCGCCAAAGUAAGAACAUACCAGUGGGUCUUUUCGGCACAAUCCGUUCUGGAACUUUGGGCUGAUCUACGAAGGCAUCGACUAGCACCGAUCUCGGGCAGCGUAGAGCCCAAUGAGUCCCCAAUCGCAGCUGCAUGGCGCGAGCUCAAAGAAGAGACAACUCUGACACAUCGGGAUGUGGGAUUAUGGCGACAUGGAAAGCCAUAUACAUUCAGUGACGCUUCAAUUGGGCGAGAAUGGACCAUCUAUCCGUUCGCAUUUCGGCUCAAAACCACCGAUGAAGGAGGCCGAGGAGAAGAAGCUAUCAAAAUUGACUGGGAACACGACGGCUGGGAAUGGUAUGACCCGAAGGACGUGAACGAUGGAAGUUUUGACGGCGUGCCACGCCUCGCAGACAGCCUGGGUCGCGUUUGGUUUGAAGCGCAAAUGAACGACGAAGCAAGCCAAGCACUACGAUCAGGUUUGCAACAACUCGAGAACGACCAUCGAAGCGGAUCCCACGAGUUGACCACGAUCGCACUGACGGGAUUCCGGGAUGUGCUGGUGCAUCUACGGGGCGAUCCAAACUGGUGGCAGACAGCUCGCAUGGCCGCAUGGCACAUGUGUAAGAACGGCCGUGAAAGUAUGGGCGCAGCGACCACGAAUGCCUUCCUCGGUGUCUUGGGCGACAUGGAGGAGGUGUCCGGUCAAAGUCUUGAAAACGAAUCCGCUUGGGAUUAUGUUCUCGGAGUCGUCGACUUCCACCUGGAGAAUCGUCGGGCGAUGCCCGCUCACAUCAAGGAUUCGUUUACGGCCUAUCUGCACGGUACGUUUAUUACCAAGGCACAACCGCAGUCCACUCUUACGAUCCUCACCCUUUCGGCCAGCUCGACCAUUCGGGAUAGCAUUCUAGAUGCCUUUGCAUCUCUCCCAAUCUCGACCUUGGAUCUGCGCAUUCUGGAAUCUCGACCCCUCUUCGAAGGUGCCAGCAUGGCGUCCUCUCUGGUCUCGGAGUUCCAGACCAAGUUUCCCCCACCGUCAGACCGUCAUUUGAAGUUGGCCGUUUAUACCGAUGCCUCGGCUGCCCUCGCUGCUGACGGUGUGGACUUUGUGCUGCUUGGUGCAGACCGCAUCUCCAGUGCGGGAUGGAUCAGCAACAAAAUAGGGUCUCUUCCAGCUGUUCUAUGUGCGAAACACGUCGGUCCGCGGGUGAAGGUGCUUGUAUUCAGUCAAUUGGAGAAAGUAGCCGAGGCGGGCUCUGAAGAAAACCACGGAGUGGAAAACAACGAUCCCGUGGAGGUGAUGUCUCCCUGGAUUGAUAGCGGUGUCAAAGGGGUUAAGGUUCUCGAGAGGCACAUGGAUGCUCGACCUGGGACAAGCAAUUGUGCGGUCGAGGUGAAGAACGUCUACUUUGAAUGGGUGCCAGCAGAACUGAUUGAUGCGUAUAUCUGUGAAGAGGGUACUCUGGAUCGGAAUGCCAUCAAGAAGAAGGCGGAUCAAGUAAAGGAGAAGUCGGAUAAAUACCUGGGAUCGCUGUGA